CAGACUAUUGAUGAUAUACCCACCGAUGUGCUGGUGGAUGCCGCACAGCUGUGCAAGGCCAACAGCAUACAAGGCAACAAGGUAAACAAUCUGGAAGUGGUCUACACCAUGUGGGAGAAUCUUAAGAAGACGCCGGACAUGGAGCCCGGUCAGGUGGCCUAUCAUGACGAGAAGGCGGUGCGCAAGAUACGCCUGGAAAAGCGUAUCAACGAGAUUGUCAAUCGCCUGAACAAGACCAAAACCGAGGAGGAGCAUCCCGAUUUUCGGGGACAGCGCGAGGCACGCGAUGCCGCCGAUCGUCAGGAUCAGAAGCGUUUGCAGCGCGAGAAGCGCGAACAGGAAAAGGAGGCGGCCAAGCAGCGGGAACUGGAGGCCGAGCUGCGCAGCUACGCCUCGCUGCAGAAAACGGAGAACAUGCGCACCAACUACGAUGCCGGCAACGAAUCUGAUGACUUUAUGUAGUAGCGAUAGCGAUUCGCCCAUAUCCUAACCGCGGGCGCUUCCUGCAUUUCUCCAUUAGCAACCUAAAUAUCUAUAUUUAAAUGCUUUUUUUUUCUAUUGCCAGAGUGUAUAACACUCAAAUGUAAUUAUAAAGCAAUAUCUGUUGACUUGUCAAA